GGAAGAAAAUGAUACUGUAAAACAAAGAUAACUUUAUUUUCUCUUUUCUCUUAGUUUUUUUUAUCUUGCGAGUGGCCCCAGGCCCAGGGCUCUGCUGAUCUUCUUGAGAAUCUUGAGCCCCUCUUUGAAGAAGUUUUUGGAUUUUAUUUUUGAUAUGAAAAUAUGAAAUAAUAUUCAAGUUCAGUAUAAAUUGAAAAUGGCCACAUCAUAUUUUCCAAGCUUAAGGUAUUUUAUGAACAACAUAAUAAUAAUCAGAAAACUAUCCACAGUAUCCACUCCAACUGAGACACUAAAAUUUGUUCCCAAACAUAAUCCUGUCUCUGAGGCCAACAUCAACAAUGUACAAAGUUUUAUUAAUAACUCCAAAAAAAUGUUGUUCCUUACUGGAGCUGGAAUAUCAACAGAAUCAGGAAUACCAGACUACCGAUCAGAAGAAGUAGGUCUAUAUGCUAGAACAAACCACAAACCAAUCCAACAUAUGGAAUUUAUAAAAUACCCUCAUGUACAAAAAAGGUACUGGGCAAGAAAUUUUGUAGGCUGGACAACCUUUUCCAAACGUGAACCAAAUAUCAUACAUUAUUCUAUUUGUGAAUUGGAAAAAGAAAAAAUUUCCACAGUGGUCACUCAAAAUGUGGAUAAUCUCCAUUACAAAGCUGGCAGCCAGAAUGUUAUAGAGUUGCAUGGGACAGCCUUCAGAGUGAUUUGCUUAAAGUGUGAAGCCUUUUAUGACCGCCAUUAUAUCCAGGAAAGAUUGAUCCAGCUCAAUUCACAUAUAACUCCAACUUCUACCACAAUCCGACCAGAUGGUGAUGUAGAUAUACCACUAGAAAUCAUAGAAGGGUUCAAACCACCCCUGUGUGAGUCUUGUGGAGGAAUGUUGAAACCAGAUAUAACAUUUUUUGGGGACAAUGUGCCUAGAGCUAGAGUGGAAGCUGUCAAAAGUGCAGUUAGUGAAAGUGACUCUUUGCUGGUCUUAGGCUCUAGUUUGACAGUUUUCUCAGGCUAUAGGAUAGUCUUGCAAGCCUUGGAGGAAGGCAAGAAUGUAGCUAUAAUUAAUAUAGGCCCUACUAGGGCUGACCAUCUAGUCAAAUUGAAAGUGUCUGCCAAAUGUGGAGAUAUUUUACCUCUAGUAAUUUAAUUCAUACUCACCUAAGUAAUAAUAACUUACCAUACAAAAAUAAUGAAACAAAUAGGGUAAUGUUAGCACAAUCUGUGAUGUCAAAUCUUAUUCUUUGGGUUCAGUUCAAAUUGAAAAACACUCCCAAACCAAAGUAAAUGUUUAAUAUAAAUUAUAAUCUUCAAUUAAAAUAGAAGAAAAUGCAAGAGUUUGCAUCUCAUGUAUCACAUUUCAUAAUAUUUCUAUAUUGAGCAAGACUGUUUGCAUUGAUAUAACCUAGAAAAUAAAUGUCAGUGGUUAUAUCUAUUAU